GCACAUGGCCGACGUCGUAGAAUGGUGCACCACGCGGUACAGGUGUGUUUUGAGACAUUUGAUUAAUUCCUUCUUAUAAUCUCUUUCGCCGUUUGGAGUUGCGUGCUGUGUCUUUACUACUGUGUCGUACUACCUACUUCUGUGUCGUACUAUCUAGGUUGGGGAUACACUUGCUGUGUCUUUACUACUAUGUCUACACAUGCCCAGAGUUAGUGUGCCGUGUCUUGAUUGUGUCGUACUACCAAGUUGGGAAUCAGCGUGGUGUGUCUUUACUGUGUCGUACUACCAAGUUGGGAAUCAGCGUGGUGUGUCUUUACUACUACCAAGUUGGGAAUCAGCGUGGUGUGUCUUUACUGUGUCGUACUACCAAGUUGGGAUCAGCGUGGUGUGUCUUUACUGAGUCGUACCACAUAGUCCAGGGAGUAAGUAGUUUAUUUUCAGAAAUUUUAAGAGAAAAUAAGAAGUUGUCCAAGUAAAUGGAUUUUAAAAGAAAUAAUGGUUCGUAUACAUUUUAGCGCAUGAUUAAAUACAUAUUUAAAAGCAAGAAAACAUUUUUCAAUUAAAACAACGACAAUAAAUGAUAAUAAAAAACUUUUGAAGCGACAGUCAGGGAUUGUUCAUUUAAAUGUCUUUAUGGAUAAGUUUUUUUUUUAAAUGUCGCAUUAUUCCUCGAGAGAGACGUAUGCUAUUCCAUAUCCAUGGAUUGUCUACUACGGGCCCAGGCGGCUGGCCGAGCAGCAGCAACCUUCCCGCCCCGCCCCCCCCCCUUCCGGCAGCAGGUCACAGUACGGUCGGUCCAUCAUCAUUCUGCACUAACUGACCGUGACAACACGGGAACAAGAAACCACGUUCCCGGGAGUGUGUCCUGUCAUCAUGUUAUCUUUACAACACACCCCCCCCCAAAUUAAGAAACAAACCACCUUCCUGGGAGUGUGUCCUGUCAUCAUGUUAUCUUUACAACACCCCCCCCCCAUUAAGAAACAAACCGCCUCCCGGGAGUGUGUCCUGUCAUCAUGUUAUCUUUACAACACACCCCCCCAAAUUAAGAAACAAACCACCUUCCUGGGAGUGUGUCCUGUCAUCAUUUUAUCUUUACAACACCCCCCCCCAUUAAGAAACAAACCGCCUCCCGGGAGUGUGUCCUGGCGUCAUGCUAUCUUUGCAACCACCCCCCCCCCAAAUUAAGAAACAAACCACCUUCCUGGGAGUGUGUCCUGUCGUCAUGUUAUCUUUACAACCCCCAAUUAAGUUUUCGUAAAAAAAUAGCACACAGACACACACAAAACCGCUUAGCUGUACACCAACAAAGUAUGUUAUUACUGAGAUCUUUUCUGUAUGUCAAUCUAACGAUUGCUCUAUCGUUGAACAUGAGCCGGGCACUUGUGUCAUUACCCAAACAAAGCUUGAAAUAUCAUGAGAUAUCGAUCCUUGCAUAAGGGGUCGUUCAAAAAUAAUGUCACGCAAAAAAAAGAACCUUUUUAGACCCACCUCGCCCCCCUGUCACGAGGUGUCACAAAAUCUUUAACCCCCCUCCCCCCCCCAUCCCGUGUCACGUCACACCUAAUUAAAUCAAAACAGAGAUAAAAUUUUCAUAAAUAAACGAUCUAAGAUUUUAUUAUAUUCUUCUUUUACAUUUUCCCACAAUGGCUUGAGAUGUAGUAUUAUCAGAAAACUGUGACUCAAAACAACGAAGUCAUCCACAAGCGGAAUGUAAGUAAAAUGGCUACAACAUUUUGUUUUUGCGUCAUUUUUCGACACGCGGAGAAUUUGUGCGCGACUAAGUUUCAUAGUGUCUGUAAUACGUGAGGCAAUUUCGACAUUGAAUUAACGUUGUUUUUUUUAAAUUGAUUAUAUUCAGAUUUUUUUUCAAAAUGAGAAAAUUUUAGAUUAAAAAAAACAAAAAAACACGUAAAUUAACACAUUAUUGAGACCCCUCCCCCUUCCCCCUGUCACAAAGAGUCACAAAUUCUCACAUCCCCCCCCCCACCCUGAGCGUGACGUAAUUUGCGAACGACCCCUAACUGAAGUGGAAAAAAAUACUCGUCGUAGGGCAUCCUAUCAUUAUCGAAUUUCUUUUUCUCCUUCAUCUUCACCGCACCUUGUCAAUGGUCACAUUCAGCUCUACCUCUUCACCGCACCUUGUCAAUGGUCACAUUCAGCUCUUGAUCUUCACCGCACCUUGUCAAUUGUCACAUUCAGCUCUACCUCUUCACCGCACCUGGUCAAUGGUCACAUUUAGCUCUUGAUCUUCACCGCAACUUGUCAAUGGUCACAUUCAGCUCUAAAUCUUCACUGCACCUGGUCAAUGGUCACAUUCAGCUCUUCAUCUUCACCGCACCUUGUCAAUGGUCACAUUCAGCUCUUCAUCUUCACCGCAACUUGCCAAUGGUCACAUUCAGCUCUACAUCUUCACCGCACCUGGACUGAAAACUAGUAUGCCAGGCACACACACACACAAAAAAGCUAGAGAUAGUAGCAAUAUUCGGUUUAAUAAAACUAUUAAAAUUUUUAAAAAAUGCAAAUUCCAAUAUAAAUAAACUAAAAUAAAAAUAAAUGAAAUAAUAAAUCAGUGUCAGCUUACAGCAGAGCAAGUGAAAAAAGGGGGGCAGUAGUAAUAUAAAUUUACAAAGACAUAUUUAGCGAAUAAACAAGCAAUAAUGUAACGUUCGUAAAUGUCUAGAAAAAUUAGCAAAUUACUAUUUCAACUUAAAAAAAAGCUGCUCGCCAAUUUAUAUAGAGCUUUAAUCACACCCCCCCCCCAACCAGGGUUUCUUUCAGCUAUAUCUCCGGGGAAAGCCAAGUGCCCCCGGUGCAAAAAUAUGUCCAACAAUAAAUUAAAAUAAGUCCAACAAUAAAUCAACUUCCACUGCUGGCACUGCCCCCCCCCCCCCAGGGAACAUUUCUGAAAUAAUCACUGCCUUCUUAGUAAAGAAAUUCCAGAAAAUGCGUCCCCAAGAUAUAAUUUUUUAAAAAGAACAAAUAGAACGUAUUUGAACGUAGACAACCUUUUCCCAACCAGUGGAAGGGGUGCUUAGGAAUUUAAAGAACGGCGUCACGGAGCAUGUCAUCGGUUCCUUCCGUGGGAAAACAAAGAGGACACAAGUGGUGGUGGCUAAAAUUAGGGCUACACACAGGCCAUAACAUAACGCACAGUCUUAAUGAAUUAUAUUAUUUUUAAAAUGUGUACAUAUACUCAUUUCAGAAGCCGCUUCUCAAACUGCAGUCGCCGCUGGGGAUAAAAUAGUUUUAUAUUGAGCAGAGGUAUGCGAAUAUGUACAUGUAAGGUAGGGACUGAAGUUGUGGCCUUGGAUGGAGCAUUCCGCCAUAUUUCGAAUUCCAAAAAAACAAUCAUAGCUAUUUUCUAUUAUUUUACGGAAAUCGAAUAAAUCUAAAUGCGCAAAAAAUAUUUUAAAUCUGUUUUUAUUUUUAGUAAACGUUUAAGUAUUAUUGUUAUAAAUUACAAAUACAUUUAAAGCAUCAACUAAGGAACUAUUUUAUGCAUUUUAUAUGUGUUUAAAAGUUAUGAAAAAAAAUCACGAUCGAAGAAUUACACCGUAAUCACAUUUAUCGGGAAAACCCAAACAUCAGUCGUUUUCAGUGCGUCUUUUAGUGCGUUGUUAACAUUGCGAAAUAAAAUUUUAAAUUAAUUUGUUCUAAAUAAUCACGCAAAUGACAUCAAAGCGCGAAUAGCUUAUUUCUUCAAAACUCUUAGGUUACCUAAAAUAAAAAGGCAAACAUUUUUAAUGUUAAUAUGCACAGCAGAAAUGUGUGUGUGUUUUAUUAAAAAUUUAAAAGCAAUCCAUUGUUAUUAUUACGUUAUAAUUUUAAUAAUUGUAUAACUAACCUUUAAAUAUAAUUCUAAUAAGAAAAUGUGGUUUAACAGUGCAUCGCAACUCCAUAGCCAAAUGGCAUUGACUAAUCAUCUUAAAACUAAAACAAAAAAAAGAACGAACCAUUUGAAGUGCACAUUAUUUUAGUUUGGGAAAGGAAGGGACUGCAUUAACUUCAAAUUUUGUCCCUGGCGUACAGCUGCAUAGAUGGCUCAGCACCGGACUAUCUCAAGGAACUUAUUUACAAACAUGUACUUCUGAAGAGCCUGCGGUCUUCAAAACAGUACUUACUGAGUGUUAUUAGAGUGGAUGAACACAGAAAAAAAGUCUUACGGUGUGCGCUCUUUUGAAGCGAUAGCGCCAAAAUUAUGGAAUAGUUUGUCUCAAUCUUUGAGGGGAAUUGUAAAUGAUAAAAAUCAUUUAAGAAAUAAUUAAACACUUUUUUGUUUCAAUAGACUUAGGAGGACCAGAGCGCAGCGAGCGUGCUAAAGUGGCCUGGAUACCAGAGCGCAGUGAGCAAGCUAAAGUGGCAUGGAUACCAGCGCGAUUUAAAUAUCCAAUCAAAUCAAACAAUCCGGUAGAAGAUUUUUCUAAAUUUAUUUAAAUCUGGGUUGCGGGGGGAGGGGGGGGGUGUUGGUUACUUUGCUCCAGGCAGCACAAGGUACGUCUCAAAAUAAAGUAAUGAAUUUGAUAAAUAAUUAACCUUUUUGGGAACAUACAUUUCAGAGGUAGGAAAUAGGAUGUGUACAUUUUCCCGUGGAUGACAAUAUAUUUAAAUCCUAUGGGAUUACAUUUGGGAAAAAAGAGAUGUUACAUUCUCUUUUUACAAAUAUGUGUAUGUUUAUUUUGCGCAAGGCAGAACAAAAUACGUCUCAAAAUAAAGGAAUAGUUUGAUAAAUAAUUAAUUUCUUGGGGUAAAUACAUUUCGGAGGUAGGAAAUACGAUGUGUACAUUUUUACGUGGAUGACAAUAUAGUUAAAUCCUAUGGCAUUACAUAUGUCAAAAAAGAGAUGUUACUCUCUCUUUUUACAAAUAUACAUAUGUUUACCACUUAAGAUGAUCAACGGCGCUAACAAAUCUUGGGUACGUUUAUAUAAGUAUAACCAUGAAUAUCAAAACCCAAUCAUUUUACACACUUGAAAAAAUAAUUUAAAAAAGUAGAGAUGGGUUAAUAUUUACUUUCAAAAAAUUAAAACACAUUUUUGUUUUUUCUUUGCAAAAAAUAAAGAGAAUUGUAUUUUAUGAGAUUAAACAUUUAAAUUAAAAAAAAAAAAGACUUAAAUCUGUUAUAGACGUGAAAAAAGGUUGCGAGAUUCUUCUUUAGAUAAAAUACUUCUUUGUUUUACGAUUUUAUGAUAAUAUAUAUAUAUAUAUAUAUAUAUAUUUAAAAAGGAAAAAAAUGUGUUUAAAUUUUUGCUGGAGAUAUCAAUAAAAAAAAAGGUUAUAAUUCAAGGGCACGAAAAAGGGUAAAUCUAAAGUAUUUCUCUAACGUAGUAAUUGUCCCUCAAUAAACUUGUUUAGUGAAAAAAGUGAUAUAAUUAGUAAUAAUUAAGACUGUGUAAUUUAAGUUCAUUUUCACAGGGGGGAAAAUGUAGUUUAAGAGCGUGAAAAGGAGUAGGGUAGGCCUAUAAUAUAUAGCAGAUAAAUUCUUCUCAAAACAUAAUGAUGUUAGAAACGUAAAUAUUAUUAAAUUUUUAAAGUUAUGAAUUGUAAUGUUUUUUUGCAACAGCAGUUAGAAACUAUCGCAGAGGACCUACUAUUAUUAUCCCGAAAACAUCGGGUCAUUUAUUCUAGUUUAAAAUAACAAUGUUGCUGGAUAAGUGGAUCGAAACUUCAUUACAUAAAAAGAGGAUUAUAAUGACUCUUGAUACAUAGAUUAGAUUGACUCUUGGUAUAUACAUAAGAAUGACUCUUGUUAUAUAGAUAAGAAUGACUCUUAAUAUAUAAAUUUGAGUAAUUAUUGAUACAUAUUAGAAUGACUCUUGAAAUAUAGAUUAGAAAGUCUCUUGAAAAUAGAUUAGAAUGACAUGAAAUGUACAUCAGAAUGACUCUUGAAAUAUAGAUUAGAAUGACUCUUGGUAUAUAGAUUAGAAUGACCUUUAAUAUUUAUAUUUGAGUAAUUAUUGAUAUAUAGAUUAGAAUGACUCUUGAUAUAUCGAUUAGAAUUACUCUUGAAAUAUAGAUUAGCAUGAACCUUGAAUUAUAGAUUAGAAGGACUGUUGAAAUAUAGAUUAGACUGACUCAUGAUAUAUGGAUUAGAGUGUAUCUUAAUAUAUAUUAAAAUGACUCUUGGUAUGUAGAUUAGACUGACUUUUGAUAUAUAGAUCUUGAUAAAUAGAUUAGAAUGACUCUUGUGCUGAGCAGUGGACAAUAUCGUCAUUAAAUAUUAUUUUAGGUUAUAAAAACCAUUGUGAAUUUAAUUUAAAUUGUGUUUGUGAUGUUGAUGGUGUUGGUGAUGUUUCUUUAGUGUUUUUGAUGUUGGUGGUGUUUGUAGUGUGUGCGAUGUUGGUGAUUUUUGUAAUGUUGUUAGUUUUUAUGAUGUCUGAAGCAUUUGAGCUUUUGGUGGAGUUUAUGAUAUUUGGUGGUCAUUGUGGUGUUUUUAGUGGUACUGUGGGGGGGGGGGGUGGGGGUGACGGCUGCUGUCAGUUAUUUGUGACGUUUAAAGUUUAAGAUUUAUGCUUUUCUAUCCUUCAGUCUAGUCACCUGUUAUAUCACACCUGGCAAAUGAAGACCACAGCUAAGAGGUUCGUCGUCCUGGCUGUUGCCGUGGCUAGUGGGAUAGCGUUCAUGGUCGUCAAGGAUACCUACUACGGUGUGUACAUUGAAAUCGUUUUCAUGAAAUAUAUAUGUAUAUAUAUAUAUAUAUAUAUAUAUAUAUAUAUAUAUAUAUAUAUAUAUAUAUGUUUGUAUGUAUGUAUGGCAUCUUUCCGUCUGCUGUGGCUAGUGGGAUAGCGUUCAUGGUCGUCAAGGAUACCUACUACGGUGUGUACAUUGAAAUCUUUUUCAUGAAAUAUAUAUGUAUAUAUAUAUAUAUAUAUAUAUAUAUAUAUAUAUAUAUAUAUAUAUAUAUAUAUGUUUGUAUGUAUGUAUGGCAUCUUUCCGUCUGCGGCAGACGACAGAUUAUCUUUAUUGCUUGCAGCUCUUGGCGAGGCUGGUGAGACCAGUCCUCGAAUGGCAGUCUCUGUUACAUUUCCCACACACAAAUGUGGUGGAGCAGUAUUUACCGGCCUUCCUCCUCGCUCUUUUUGCAGCUGUUUCCGCCCUGUUUUGAUCCUCGGCAUGUAGUGAUCCUACCUUCACGAUGCCCCGCAUCGUUGUUGAGAUGUCGAUGUUGGCCGACUUCAUGUCCCUUUUUCAUGUGUCUAAGUAUCUCAGACGAAGCCGUCCUACUGACCUUUUCCCUGUCGCCAGCUCGCUGUAUAGCACGUCCUUUGGUAUGCGACCAGGUUGCAUUCGCUUGACGUGUUCAAGCCAGCGGAUUAACAUGGCUGGGACGCUACACAUGUUUGUUUGGGACAGGACAUCCAUGUUGGGGACUUUGUCUUGCCAUUUAAUAUAAAUGUACUAGCUGGGGCAAUGCACUCCCGUAUGCGUGUUAUGAAGAGGAAGCGGUUCAUCUACUAUGUAAAGCUCGGCGAGACUUACUUUUCCUUUGUUUGUGUGCAUGCAAACGGGUCAAGCGAUCGAUGACCAGAAAACCAAACAAUGGGUUGGCAACUCAAUUUGACAUUGGUCAUUCCUCCCUGACCCACGGAUCGUUCCUGGAAAGUUUGGUCGUAAUCACCUUAUUCCGUAAGGGGGACUUUUUUUUUUUUUAAAAGUAGGGACACAUUUACUUGUGGUUUUUUUUUUGCCCAUACGUUUCUACGUGGAUUUAUGGAUGUUGACCGAAUUCGGCAAGAAGUAUCCAUGCAUUAUCCAUAAGGAAAUACAGGGCGGUUUUAAAAUUUAAAAUAUUUUUUUUUUUGGACCGGGAGGGGGGUGGGGGGGGGGAGGGCGUUAAAUUCAUUUUGUUCCAAUUUCAGCUAUAUAAAUAGGAUUAACAACAAAUACUCCUAAAUGAAUAGAUGGAUCUUGACAAAACUUGGUACACAUACACUUGAUUAUUUAUCUUCAAAUACCGAAGGAGGGAACUGUGCCCAUAAUAUCUACUACCUUCACGCCAUGGGCCCAAUUUCCUUUUCCCUUAUAUAAGCUAUUUAAAUAAUAAUAGUAAAUAUAAUAUACAAGUUUAUUUCAAAUCACGCUUCAUCCUCAAAGACUCGAAGCGCGGUACAAAGUCAACCACAUUAAAAGAGAAAUGAAAAAAAAAUCUAUAUUAUACCAUAGGCUUGACAGCACUGUACAUUCUAUGUGAACGGAUGGAUCCAAGCCUAGCGGGGUUAGCACUACACGACUUAGUCAUUAUUGAAAUAUCGGUGGAUUAAAAAUUGAUACUAGCCAAUCCAUCAAAGCCGGUCUAGACUUUACAAGAGAGUUGUAUACUAUUUAAACAAGUUAUACCUAAAGUUUUUCAAAGUGAUUUUAAUGGAAAAAACAUAAUAGAUAUUUACAAGAUUAUUUUAUAUUCAUGAUUUAUCAUAGCCCCACGCUCCCCUCCCCAUCUCAGGCACAACUAAAAGAGCACGUAUGGAAUGGGCCCCCCCCCCCCACUGGGCCCCCUCUUUUAACUUAAAUAAAAAAUAGUUACAAUUAUGACAUUUAGUUGUAGAAAAAUUCGUAUUCAAAAAAUAACUAAGCAGAAAAGUAUUUUUUACACGUUUUAAGGAGGUUAUUACAUUUACUCUAGAAUGUUCCAGAAAGUUCUACAUUGUUCCCGGGGAUAUAAAAGCUUAUUGAAUUUAGUUUUAGUUCUAUUCAAUUCUAUACUGUCCUGGGUAUCUUUUUCUCAUUAUCACAGGUUCUUAUUUUAAAAUAAGUUUUAUGAAGUUACUAUGUUAUUCUUGAAGCUUUUUUCCUAUACUCUUUUUAAGAUUAUAUAAAUGCCCUAAUCAUGAAUAUUUUUUUCAUUAGCGUUCAACGAGUUUCCCGAAUGUUAUAGAAUACGAGUUAAAGAUAAUUUUUUUAAUUUUUUAGAGAGUUCCAAAUUAGUUUUCUAUGAUCAUGGCCUAAGCUAUAUAUAAGACUGUAACGCUAAUAUUACAGUAUAAAUGUCUAUUGAUGGAUCUUGGCCAAAGUUGGUAAACAUACUAAUCAUUGACCACUGAGCUAUCACAUGAAACAAGACUUCUCCAUAACGGGCCCAUUCGCCCAUUGACCACUGAACUAUCAUAUGAACGUUAUCUUCACCACAGAUCAAAUAUCUUCAUUUAAACCACACAGCCAUCUCAAAUAUUCCUAUAAUAUAUUCCACCGUCUUUGGCUUUGUGUUUCCCAAACUUUGUGCACUAUCCUCCUUUUAAGAUAUAAAAGAGAUUGUUUUUAAAAAAAAAGUGUUUAAGUCUUCUUUAGCCUCACACUUGUAACAAUCAAGUCAUGAAAUAUAAAGAAAAAAAAAAUUAUGCUCGAAGCUUCACCUUAAAAGUUGACAAUGAUGGAUCUUAUAAAUGUCUGUCACAUUAUUUGAUGCUUUUAUUCGUGAGGUCCUGGUUAUUUAUACAGCGACCAAACUAAAAACAUGGAAAAACGUUAAUGAUGUGUUCGGUGAGUGCAUGUUAUGGUGGGGAGAUUAACUGUGCGGCUUUGUAUUUGUGAUACUAAUAAAUGAAGGGCUGCGUUCAAGCUGUGUGAAGGAAAAAGCAGGAUGAGGCUUAGCGCAAGCUUGAAUCCAAAGAAUGAAAUAGUGAAACGAGGUAUGUGGACGAACAGGUCUAUGGCGCCAUGUAUUCGCCUCAGUUUAGAAAGGACCAGAAAGUGGGCAUUGCGGUUUACACGUGCAAAGAUGGCGACUACGGCCUGCACGGCUCAGAUGCACUAUGGUUUUGUUUGCCUUACGUCGCGAAAGAGGCCGCAGAAUUGCGGAGUAAAAACUGACCAUUAACUGUGCGGCUUUGUAUUUGUGAUACUAAUAAAUGAAGGGCUGCGUUCAAGCUGUGUGAAGGAAAAAGCAGGAUGAGGCUUAGCGCAAGCUUGAAUCCAAAGGAUGAAAUAGUGAAACGAGGUAUGUGGAAGCUUGAAUCCAAAGAAUGAAAUAGUGAAACGAGGUAUGUGGAAGCUUGAAAUAAGGUAACAGGACAAAAAACAAGGACGUUUCGGCAGAAAGCCUUCCUUUGGUUUUCCCACUUCCGGAGAGACGAAUGAAUACUGCUUGAGUUGUCUACUGUGUUCUUUUCUUUGUUAUAUUUUCAUUUCUAUUGUUGGCUGAGGAAGGCUUUAUGCCGAAACGUCCUUGUUUUUUUGUCCUGUUACCUUAUUUCAAGCUUCCACAUACCUCGUUUCACUAUUUCAUUCAUUUACAUAGCUUGAAAGCAGUCCCUUCAUUUAUUUAUUUCUUCUUGAAUCCAAAAGCAGGACACUAAGAUGUGAACGUUUUGGCUUAGAGCCCUCUUCAACAGACAGGAGAAAUGAAAGUACGACAAGAAAUCUAUAAUAGUUAAGAACUUAUUUGAUCAGUUUUGUUAUUGCCGGAAGUUGGAUUAAAAAAAAAAAAUAUUGCCAGAAAAGAAAGAAUAUAUGUAUUGUUACAGUGAAAAAAUGGGUCUAACUAUUUUGGUGAUAUAUAAAAUUUAAUAAAGAAGAAAACAAAGACAGGGAAGUAGAGAAUCAUUGAGAGAAGAGUAUUUGAUGAAUUCCAUACGAUUAUAUUGUGCGGAAAAGCUGAAUUAAUUGGUUUUCUCUUGUAACUCUCUCUCUCUCUGGUGUGUUGGUACAGGAAAUCAGUGCCGUGAUGGAUACAUCAAAUGUCCCUUUAUGCUUAUCUCCGUUAGAAUGGGAUAAUACCGGGGAAAGUUUUCCCUUGUUCAAUAUCAGUUGAAGAUGUUCAGUGAACCUAUCUGAUAUGCUAAUCUUGUAUCAUUUUCGCUUAUAUAACAUUGGCGAAAUUUAGGUCACACAAUCGCAUCUGUCCCAUUUCGGCUAACACGCGUGAAACCCUCUUUGAUGGUUAAAAUUAACUUGAGGGAAACAUACUUCUUGUUGACCCCGAUACUUACAGAGUAUUCUCAUAUUCAUAAUGGAUUUUCCCGUUUAUCCAUGCAUGGUUCUCUUGAGCCCGCCCACUGGAAACCUGCGUAAUGACAAAAGACAGUCCAAAUUUAAAUUUAUUUGUACAACUCCUUGUCAAACCGUCUCAAAUUAGGAUGUGUCCUUUGUUCGAUUUUGUUUUUAUUGUUGCGUUGGCAGAUGAAGGCUUUCGGCUCCAGCGUCCUUCUUAUUGUCUGGCGUCGAUAUGGAAACUACGACACACUCUUAUAUUCUAUACAACGAAAUAGUGUAACGCUAAUGCUGCUUGUUCAUUGUUUAUGGCGUUAUUGUAAAGGCAUGUCAGUGUUAACAUUUCAAAAUUAUAUAUAUGUUUAUAUAUUUUUGUGUGUGUAUCAUCUUUAGAUCAUAGCUGUGUACUCAAUAGACUCGAUGAUAGUAAAUCAACAGUUCUUCAGGUUGCUGAGCCCCUACAUGACAGUAAAUCAACAGUUCUUCCGGUUGCUGAGCCCCUACAUGACAGUAAAUCACCAGUUCUUCAGGUGGUGAAGCCCCUACAUGACAGUAAAUCACCAGUUCUUCAGGUGGUUGAGCCCCUACAUGACAGUAAAUCACCAGUUCUUCAGGUGGUGGAGCCCCUACAGAACAGUAAAUCACCAGUUCUUCAGGUGGUGGAGCCCCUACAGAACAGUAAAUCACCAGUUCUUCCGGUGGUUGAGCAUCUACAUGACAGUAAAUCAACUGGUCUUCAGGUGGGUUGAAACUGUCAGCUAAAACAUUGCGACAUCUGUACAAGUAGAGUGAUCUCCAAAAAAGUAUCGUUGGUAGUAGUUUAGCCCUCAAUCGGAUCUAUUAUUAUAAUGUGAUCCUCAAAGGGAUCAAUUGCAACAGCGUGUAUCUUAAAUGAAUCAAAAGCAAUAGCGUGUUUAUCCAAGGGAUAAAUAAUAGGAUCGUGAUCCUCUAAGGGAUAAACUGCAAUAGUGUGAUCCCAAAAUGAAUCAAUUUAAGUAGUGUGGUCCUAAAAUUAAUCAAGCCAAUAACGUGAUUCUGAAAAUGAUCAAUAGAAUGGCGUGUUCCUGAAGUGAAUCAAUGACAAUAGCAUGAUUCUAGAACGGAUCAAAAGCAAUGGUGUGAUCCUCAAAUAAAUCAAUGUCAUUAGCGUGAUUCUAAAUGGAAUCAAUAACAAUAACGCGAUCCUUCAAAACGGGAUCACUACCUUUACCCUUAAUAAGAUCCAUAGCCACAGCGUGAUUCUCUAAGCCUAAGAGAAUCCAUUACUCGGAGUAUCCAAAGUUCAGAGUAUCCAACGCUCAGAGUAUCAAACACUCAGACUAUCCAACGCUCAGAGUAUCCAACACUCAGACAUCCAACGCUCAGAGUGUCCGACGCUUAGAAUUUCCAAGGCUCAGAGUAUCCAACGCUCAAAGUAUCCAACGCUCAGAGUAUUCAACGCUCAGAGUAUCCGCCGCUCAAAGUAUCUAUCGCUUACAGUAUCCUCGCUAUAAUUAUGCUCUCACAAAGUAACACACGAACCGUGUUCACUAAAUUAGCUAUCGGAAUUUAAGAUCAAUACAUAUAAAUUUGACAUUUCUUUACUGUCACCUCAUUUUUUCAAAACUUGACAUUCACGUAACAGCGGACGACAGAAAGGCCCACCGCCUAUGACCUCACUGUGGUCACUCUGUACAUACCGCUGGGGACGUUCCUAAAAGGGUUCGGAAAGACCUACCGCACCAAAGACAAUUACAGGACGUGGAUGCACACCUGGGCGUGGCUCACCAACAAGGUGGUGGCUUUCUUUGCUGACAGCGACGACAUGGAGUACUUCCGGUAGGUCAUUGCUUUAAAAAAAAAAAAAAAAAGAAUUAAAGCGCCUAAAAGAGAGAACAUGUUUAAUGUUUCUAAAAUAGAUUAUCUUAUUUGCCCUGGGCGUGGCGCACCAACAAGGUGGUGGCUUUCUUUGCUGACAGCGACGACAUGGAGUACUUCCGGUAGGUCAUUGCUUAAAAAAAAAAAAAAAAAGAAUUAAAGCGCCUAAAAGAGAGAACGUGUUUAAUGUUUCUAAAAUAGAAUAUCUUAUUUGCCCCCAAAAAUGUCAACAUACGACUUUGAUGCAAUUACGAGAUUUUCAACAGUGGCUUUGUUAAACUCUAAUUAAUUCAUUAUGACAAUGUUGUUGUUCGUCCGUCGUAGAACGACGAGGACCAUCGAGUCUGAUGACGUUUGUUUAAAGAGAGGAAGAGUUGUAUGCGCCUUACGGAACUCCAACCACCAGGUUUGAAUUCAGAGCUUCCUUCUCUUAGAUGAGUUGCCGACCAAGGUUAACGAGUCUCAUCCACCCGAUGUGUUGUUUUUUGGCAGGAAUUGAACUCCAGACCACCAACUUGAGGUUGGCUCAGUUUAGACCAUUCGGCCACCCAGACAUUAUGACACUAGAAUUAAAACGUGCAACGAUACUUAAUUUAUUAUGUGCACAAAAAAAUGAUAAUUCAUCGUGAUGAUGUCAUUUAAAGAAAACUUAAGUUAAAAGGUUCCCAUUCCAUGGAUUACGUACAUACAUUAAAAAGGAAAUAUUAAAUUUUAAAGAUAUAGAUGACAAACAACUAUAUCAGAUGUGCCUCAAACUUAUGAAAGGGUUUAUCACUGGCAGCUAGUAAUUAACUUUGAUUGUUAUCUUACCCUUCUUUCAAUUUUUGGGUUCAACCAAUGCCUAUCACACAAAAUUGCCUACCACCCAAAUUUUCUAUUACUAAAACUUUCUCACAAACUUGCCUGAUACCCAAGAUUUACGAUUCCAAGCUUCCAUUUUACCGAAACUUGCCAGCCACUCAAAGUUUCCUACCACAUAAACUUGCCUACCACAUAAACUUUCCUACCACUUAAACUUGCCUACCACUUAAACUUGCCUACCACUUAAACUUGCCUACCACUUAAACUUGCGCCUGCCACUUAAAAUUUCCUACCACCCAAACUUUCCAUACCACCCAAACUUGCCUACCACUUAAACUUGCCUACCACCAAAACUUUCCUGCCUCCCAAACUUGCCUAUCACUCAGACGUUCCUCAGUUUAGUGCAGCUCAUUUCAAAUUGAUCCUGUCAUGUAUUUAACCACUCCAUACGUUUUUAUCAUUAACAGAAAACUCCGAUCAGCCCAACCUGCAGACAGGACCGUGCUGAUCAAAGUCGAACGGUCACAGUUGAACGCCUUCAAAGACUAUGACAAAAUCAGGGACAUCUACAGCAGGCCCAAAUACCCCAAAUACCAGCCCAACACCGUCAACGCCAACUACUCCUGCACCAUGAACGCCAAGUUCGACGCGCUGCAGAUGACCAUGGACCUCGGCCAUGUCAGUACUGAGUUCAUGGCGUGGCUGGACAUCGGGGCUUUGAGGUAUAGGCCAAGGAUAGAGUUUUUGUUGUGGUACUGACUCCCAUAGCUGAAAUUUGAAUUACGUAAGAGGUAGCAAUGAUACAACCGUGUGUAGGUUGACGGAUGAUUCCAGCCAACACUUUAUUUGGGAACUCUUAAUGGGGUUUUCCUUGUGGCAUUCAGUUUUAUUUUUAGUUGAGCUAGGACGCAACCAUGGGCGCCCGCCGAAAACUUUCUAGGGGCGGGGGGGGGGCGGGGGGGCGGGAGGCAAAAAAUCGAUUAACUUUCCAGGGGGGGGGGCUAACAAUUUUUAGUAAUGUUUUAAUGUAGUUUUAAUUUACUGUAGCGUAUUUGUAUGGUGAACGAACGGACAGGACAUCAGCUUAGUUACUAUCUCUUUAUUUUCUCUUUACUUAAAUACAUUUUUUGUCAAUUUUUGUCUAACAAAUUUGUAUCCAAUCAAUCCAGGGAUGGGGGGCAAGUGCCACACAUUGCCCCUACCUGCGGGCGCCCAUGGAUGCACCCACAUUAUCGCACACAAUGUUUCAUUUUUUUCUUAAUCGCACCAAUAUUUAAUAUCUUUUUUUAUUUUUCGCAUUCAUAUCUCUCGUAUUUUUAAUCGUAUUUAAUGUCUUUUCUUCUUUCCCAUAUAUUUGAUGUCUUUCUUUGUAUCCCCUAAAUUUCAUGUCUUCCUUUCUAUCCCCUAUAUUUCUUGUCUUUCUUUAUCGCACCCAUAUUACAUGUCUUUCUUUGUAUAUUACUUUUUAUCCUCGUUUACAUCAGCAACAGAUAAUCUCAUGUCCGUCACGGGUACAGAUUGUAGCACUGCUUUUUUGGUUUAACCCCUGUAGGAACAUGCUGAAACUUAACCGCAAGAAUGAGACCUUCUCCCUGGAGGUGCCGCAGGCAUUCAAUGACAGCAGGAUCGGUUUCGCAGAGGUCGCCCCGCAUUCUCGUCUCGUAAAUGCCAGUCCCUGGGAUUACAUACAGAAAAAUCACAUCUGGGUGUCUGGCAGCUGUCUCAUAGGAUCAAAGAAGGUCAUCAAAUUUUGCGUCCAAAAACUUUUUGACAUAUCACAAAUAGGAAGUGAUAGAGGCAAACAAAAAACAAAUUACAUAUGAUUUUACAAUUUGAAAACAAAUAUUAAAAAAUAAAAAUAAAUUCAAAACAAAACCCCCAUAUGGGCAUUUUUAUAAGCGGCACUCUGCUUCCCAAAGCCUCGAUGCCUGAGAUUAGAUUUUCUUAAUUAACUGGGCGUGGUGGUAUGCCUGUAGGUUAAUUAGGUGUUUACGAAGACGGUAAUUGUGUCAUCAUCUCUUUAGGACACAUAAAUAUUAUAUUUAGCCAUGAAAUAAUAACGUUGUUUAAAAAUAAAUAAAUUAAUUAUUAGGAUACACUACGUGAAUUUUCAUGGUUUUAAGCAUGAAUGUUAUUUUAAAAUUUAUUUUUAUUUACAAUUUUAUUUUCAUACCCAGGUAGUCCAAAAAUUCAUCACAUCCUACAAGAAAACUGUCCAAGCUCUACUGGCCAGCAACAUGUCCAGUACCGACGAACAGGUCUAUGGCGCCAUGUACUCGCCUCAGUUUAGAAAGGACCAGAAAGUGGGCAUUGCGGUUUACACGUGCAAAGAUGGCGACUACGGCCUGCACGGCUCAGAUGCACUAUGGUUUUGUUUGCCUUACGUCGCGAAAGAGGCCGCAGAAUUGCGGAGUAAAAACUGACCAUCGUAAAAAGCGUGAAUGUUAUUAGACAGACAGGAGGAGACAGACAGACAGAUAGACAGGAAGAGGCAGACAUACAGACAUGAAGAGAGAAUGAGUGGGACGAACAGAGAAAGAUAUGCCUACAAAAUGAUAAUAGAGAGAAAGAGAGAGAGAGAGGGAGAGAGAGAGGGAGAGAGAGAGGUAGAGGGUUAAAUAAAUAUGUGUAGCCAAGUGGUAGACCAAUUGACAGUUGUCAAUUGAAAUAUAUUACCUGAAAUCGAGUCCUUGAGACACAACGUAUAAAAGAAGAAGGAAAGCGAAAAAAGGGGGACGAUAUCAGGAAAGAUAUAAAACAGACGUAGGUACUUCAGAGCUGUACGAACAUUCCAUGGCAUGACGCGUAAUAUUUAUACCUUUUCUGCGGCGAUGACGGCUGUACAUGUUAUUAUAAACUCACGGCAAAUAAAAUUUUCCUUUCAAAUAAUGUUCAAGAAAAAAAGGAAAAUCACGUGGCUGGGUUUUAGCUUGAAGCGCGUAGACUGUCUUACAUUCAAAAUUAAUUAUACUGAAGUAAUCCCAAGUGGAUGAGACUCAAGAGAAGGAAUCUCUGAAUUCAAACCCGGAGUUGGAGUCUCGUAAGGCGCAAACAAUGACAAUUCCUGCAACCGAACCCAUCCCUGGUCGUCUUGACGUGGAGUCUUGCCACUGGAUAUGGUGGGCUCGGACGAGAGAGUGAGGUAGACGCCUCGAAACUCUUCUUCACUUUAAACAAAGUCACCCGCGCAGGUCAUCAGUCACCAGACGACUCGAUGGUCUUCGUCGCUCCUCGACUGACGCACAAUAAAAUAUUGAAGUCAUGCAACAUUAAUUAUGCUGAAGUAAGGUAAAGAACUGAUUGAGUUAAGAUUAUAUAAAUUUCCAUUUUUUUCAUAUUUCUUAUGCUUGUAUAAACGUCUUUGAAUGUCCUUAAAUGUUAUGAAAUACGAUUUAAAGACGAACUUUAAGUUUCUAGAAAAUUCCCAAAGGGAUGAAGGUUUUAAAAUGUAUUUUACUUAAAAU